GCCAGAUUACGAACUUCCUCAAUCAAGUACGAUCUGCCGUUGAAUCAGGAACGCUGCCAGAACGAGAGCCCCAAGACCGUGGACUGAGUUCGACAGCGGUAUUUCAUCCGUGAACUGCACUAGACCACUUAUGGGAGUAUAGAGCGACUAUAUCCAUCCAUGAUUCUAUUUGUGCACGAAUACUCUUUCUCAGAGAGGAGACCUCCCGCGCAGCAUAUCACCAGCGAACAAAGCUGCGGCUCGUCCGUGCAGGAAGCCAAAGCCAGAGGCUACCUUUUCGACAUGAUGGCCUACGGCUGGGUGCCGUUUCAGUGUCACAACGGGGAACUCGUUAGCACGUACAACGACUACAACAUGAGCCCCUGGGCGUUCGACAAGGACCUCGAGAGGCCGGCGUCGGAAGCGGUUCUCAUGGAGGUAGAGCGCGUGACUAUCUAAACGGAUCUCCGGUUCCAUCAAGAGCACUGCUUCUAUUCCUGGCACAAUCUCCUCCAUAGCGUCGAACACCAGUGCCGCCUCGUCUGCAAGGGCCUCUACUUGCACGGGGAGGUAAUACCCGCGGCGCCAGUGGUGCCGGCCUUUCAUUGCGUGGACAUGGAGGAAACAUUUUUGUUACGGAAGAACCUCUAUUGAUUAGUAUAUGGGUUGCAUCGCGUCUUUUUACCAGUUCCCGUAAUUAGAUUAGGUUAUUCUAUACUGUCUACUUCCCAAGGGCUAAUCAUUCCGCGGCCAGGGUUAUACAACGCUUCUUACCAGCACGCAGCGCCGUGGCUGUACGACCACAAGCGGGACAUUCCCGCAGGCCGCCGGUCACCUAAUUAGAGGUUGAGAGGUUGUCACGUGGUUCAUUUUC